GAUCGUUGGCUGACUGCCGCCGAAGCUCAACCGUGAGAGAUAGGAAAUCGAAUCUACAGGUGUUUGGAGAACGGUUUCAUGCGUUUCAUACGAACUUUUGCAAGGAUGGCAUCUGAAGCAAAGCGAGUGAAGCUGAGCGGAGAUGAUCGGUCUCAGAAGCUCUCUGCCUUGACAGCUGCAGGAUGGAAGGAAGUAGAAGGGCGGGAUGCCAUCCAGAAAGAAUUCACUUUUGGGAACUUCAAUCAGGCCUUUGGUUUCAUGACCCGGGUGGCGCUCAAGGCAGAGACCAUGAACCACCACCCAGAAUGGUUCAACGUCUACAACCGUGUGGACAUCACGCUCAGCACUCACGACGUCGGUGGGCUGUCCGAUAACGACGUCAACAUGGCCAAUUUCAUCGAGAAGGCGGCGACGACGACGUCGGCCUAGUAAUCUUUCCUUCUCUUGGAUUCCAGGGCCCGGUUACCCAAAGCUUGGCAAUCGAUUUUAUGCUUCAUUUCAGUGAUUGAUUGUGCAUUGUAGUCUAGGUCAUCAAUGGUAAAUAAUUGUGCUAUGAUCAUUGCUAAGUUUUGUGUUACAGGGCCAUCGGUAACAAAAUCGUCAUCCAUCUACCUUCUAAGCAACUGUAGAAAAACCAUUAUGAAAUGUAUUAUGAAGUCGCAUCCAUACUGAAACUCAAGAAAUGUGUUUAUGAAAUAUGCAAGGAUUGUUUGUUAGGUAUGAACAAUUUUUAGCAUCAUAUCAUGAUACCAAAGGGGUGUGAUACUUGUGUUUCCAUUUUGAAAACACGUUUACACUAAAACUGCACACGUGUGUUACAUGCAUUCAAGUUAUGACACAAGUGUUAUACUGUGAAUACGAUUUCACACUAUACACAAUACAUACUGCCGUACUGUGGCAAAAGGAAGCAAGUUACCAAAGUUUAAUUUGUUGUAAAUGAGCAAUGUGUGUUCGUCAUUUUAAUAGGCAUCAAUGCAAUUUAACAGCAUAUUUUCUUGAAUAUCUUUCCAUAGAACAAUCAUUUCUUUCAAAAUUUUGCCUGAAACGUGCAACAUACAAAGGGUGUUUCAGAAACAAUAACUCAAAUUUGACUCAUGUGUCACUUGCUUCCUUUUGUCAAAGUUGGGUAGCAUACAAAAACACAAUGGCCCGUAUUCUAAAGUCCAAUUUAAUUUAUGUCAUGGUCCAACUCUGUGCGAAAGUUAUGGAAAGCCAAAAAUAUCACAAAUUUGUGAUAUUUUGAAACAUUUUAUGUUUCUUGAUGUUCACAAAGGCAAAGAAAACUGAUUCCGUUGUUAUUACCAGGUUAUGUGACUUCCCUAAUAGAACAACGCCAUCUUCGUCCUGGCUUUCGCUCAUCUGGUACUGGUGUCACUCUUCAUGUACCCAUCACACACUUAAGGGGAUAUGGAGACCGUGCCUUUUCAUUUAUUGCUCCAGGUCUUGACUACAUGAAAUUGACAAAAUUGAACUCUUCAAAUCGUAUCUCAAAACUCACUUAUUUCAGCAAUAAUUGGCUUAAUUGGAUGAGCCCACGCUUAAGAAUUUUUAAAACAGAAAUAUGGCACAAUAUAAAUGCUGUGGAUCAUCAUCGUCAUCAUCAUUUCCAGUAAGUUAUGAAAGACCAGAGUAAGUGAUGAGCUUAUAAUUCGAACAUAUGCUGUUAAACAAUUUGCAAUGGGCUUUCCAUAGUUUCAAUGACAACAAGAGUUUGAAUUCAACCCGAGUUUAGAAUAUUGGUCACCACCAUGUUAUAAUAUGAAUACGCACUGAUAUUUCAGAAUGUGCGUAAAGUAAUGAUCAUGUGUUGGCACCGUAACACUGAUUUUUUUUUUCUUAAACGCAUUCUUAACAUCUUAUAUUCUCAACUUGCGUUUCUAUCGGAGAGUUAAUGAUUUCCCUGAUGACAGUUUUGUGAAACCAGCACCACCUGACACCGUGUCCAUCCUUGCCAAUAAGGCUGAUAUUGAGCUAACGUUUUAUAGACAGCUCAGAGUCCCGUCUUACAAAGAGUUGCGAUUGAUCCGAUCAACCACAGCUACGGAAAGCCAGCAAUGCCAACAUCUAAAAUGCAUGUUCAAAAUACUUUCUAGAAAGGAUGUAUACUCGUACAUCCAUUGUGCAAAUUUCUUGUAGGAAAUAUUAUGUCAUUGUUGGAUUUCCAUAUAUUUGUGAUUGAUCGCAUCAAUCUUAACUCUUUUUGUAAGAUGGGGCCCUGAUAUUGGUUUCUUGCAGAUAUGCAUUAAUAAAUGAUCAAAUCAUUAUGGUGAAUUCAUGUACAAUAUAUAGUAUGUGGUAUUAGAAAAUCAUGUCUGAAAUUCAUAUAUAACAUAGUCAAUAAUUCAUGUUCAUCAGGCUAUUUAUUCUGAUCUAAAAACUUACCUAGCUUUGCUCAGGGUUAAAACCAAUUAAUGGAACCUAAUUAUAUACCCGGGAUUUCAUUAAUUUUCCCUUUCAUUUCCUUUUUUUUUUGGGGGGGGGGAAGACAAAACAAGUGUUUUUUUUUUAAUAUACCUUUUAAAACUAGGUUAAUAGAUUUGUCCUUUGGUGGGUACUAUGAAUUUAAAAUUUACUGAUAUAAUAUAACUUUUCCUGGAUAUAGUAUAUUCUUUGUUUGUUUGUUUUUAAAUAUGAUAAUAGUGGAGACAAUCUUUGAAUUAAUUCAUUAUGAAAUUGAAGAAAAAUUGUUAUGAAAUAACAUGAUUAUGAGGUGAUGAACAAUACAAUACACUAUAUGCUGCAUGCAGGCAAUAAAAUAACCUUGAACAUUAAAUGAAAUAUCAAAGUUGUUUGUAAUAGAUAGGUUUUGAUUUGGUUUCAUUGUCAGAUCAGGCCAUCGGGGGCGUACCUCACUUUGCAGUAUUGAGAAAUCACUUAGCGAACUUGCAUAUCGAUGUAGGAGCUACAUGUAAGUCUAGGAAAAUUGUCAACCACGCCCCUCUAUUUUUAGAUAGUGUAUUUGCGUCCCUGUUCUUUCACAAACAGAGCCCGUAACACAAAGCCUAGCAAUGAUCGUAGAACAAAUCUUCACGAUUGAUUGCAUUGACUACAAUGUACAAUCAAUCGUAAAAAUCAAGCGUACAAUCAAUUGUUAUGCUUUGUGCUACGGAGCCCUGGAUGUGCUUAGUCUGCAGACACAGACCCUUGGUUUUCACAAUUCGCAUGUUGCAUAAUGCAGAGUCUGAAUUAGUGAGACUAGAUUGACUAUGUACUGUAGCUGGCUCUACCAAGGACACAGAGCCUUUGGAGUCUAGUCUUCACUCUAGACCUGUUAUUGGUUGAAGUGUCAAACAUGAGUGUGUGCCUGCAGACUAGAUGUGCUGGAUUCAGAGUGUGUUUCAGAUGUGUUGCUAUUGGUUAAAAGUUUGUUUAAGCAUUCCUCAGUGUCUAUGUAUUCAUAUCUUGUAUUGUUAUCUACAUCAAUGUUCAUACAAUUCUAAGGGAAUAAGAUGAGUUCAGUAUUAUGUGUUAACAAGUGAAUAAUGUCUUGUUAUAAUAGCAGUUGUAGACUAAUAUUAUAAGUAUCCCAAAUGUGUCUCCAAAGCCUAUGCCCAGAUCCUUUUGUAAUGUCACAAAUUACUGUAUACGACUGCAGAGUAAGUUAUGUCCAGUGUCUCAACUGUUUUUCACAAAUUUUACAAUAUGCAAGCCCGUAGCCAGGGGGGGGGGGGGGUCAAGCCCCUAAAAUGUUCAAAAGCAAGAAAAAGUAGGGGAUGAAAAGGAGAAGAGAAGGAAAUACAAGGGAUCGAACCCUUGAAUUGAAAACCCUGGCUGGAGGCCUGAUGUGUAUUGCUUUGGAAUUGAAAGAAUCAAAAUAUAUCAUUGUUUUGUUUUCAGGUAUUUGUAGAGGUUCAAUCAUGUAAAAUGGGAGAAAAUCUUUAAAUGACUGUCAAAAGCUGAAUUUUCUACUGUUGUGUGCUUCUUUUGAUGCUAUUUUAGAAUAUUUUAUACAUUGUAUCAGCCAACCUGUGUGUAUGCAUGUAUUCAGGAGGAGGGGGGGUCAGAGGUAGUCUGCUGUGCAGACCCUUCACUCGACGAUUGGGGUCGGCAUGCAAAGCCUUGUUUACUGAAGGCCCUUUGAAAGAGCAAGUUUUAAAAGUGCUAGUCUUUUAUGAAGACCCACUUGUAGAUCAAAGUUUCAAUCAGAGUCCGUGCCUGCAGACUACAGCAAAGCCCCCCCCCCCCUUUCUCAAGCAAGGUUCUCCCUAUUAACCUUUUUUAUUUAAAAGUUUGUUCCCUUCUUCCAUGGUAAAUCCUGGAUUUACCCAUGUGUGUCAUAUAUUUGUUUCAUUCUUCCAGAAAUCUUUUUUUUUGUAUGUGUAUUUUGGUAUCCCAUGUAAUGGUGUGCAUAAUGAUAAUAGAAAGAGUAUUCAAUAACAAAAAUGAUAAAUCUACAAAGGAUU